AUGUGCCAGCUGGUGAUCCGGAACUCACGUCCGUCGGACGCCGGCAACUACGGCUGCCACGUGAUCUGGCCGUUGCCGGAGCGGUGGCAGAACUACAGCCUCCAGGUCACCAGAGCCGACUAUGACGACAGCUACAGAGACGACUACGGCGACGAGCCGGCCGAGCGGGACGGCGGCAGCGCGGAGGAGGUCACGGACCUCUGCGCUGUCGUCGAGCCCGGUUGCCCGCCGCCACGCGUCCACUGGCUGUACCAGGGCCGGCCGGUGCUGCAGGUGCCGCACGUAGCCGACGUCGCCACGUUCGGUGGCGGCUGGCUCCGCCUGGCCAUGGCCGGCCACUUCCAGGAGGGCAGCUACACCUGCGUGGCCGAGAACGCACUGGGGAGCGUGCGCCACACCUUGGAGCUCGUGACUACCACGGACGGUCUGUACAAGGACCCGGUGAUCGAGCCGGGGUACCCGCGUAACGUGACGUCGCUGGCCGGCUCCAACGUGACGUUCGAGUGCCCCAGCUCCUGGGACUUCAACAUGGACCUCUUCUGGACGUUCACGCGCUCGGGCACCUUUGAGGUGCACAAUAUGUCCGACAUGAGCUACACCAUCCAGUUCGCCAUCAGCGUUCACAAGGUACGCGGCGACGACAGCGGCUUCUACACCUGCCUGUUGUACAACCACAUCGGCUUUGACAUGGCGAACGCCCACCUGCGCGUGGUGGAAGAGGUGCCGCGGGCGGCGCUGCCCAUGCGGCCUGCCAACGCCAGCGCGCUGCUUGGCUCGCGCGUGACGCUGGAGUGUCCAGCUGCGGCCGCCGCCACCAGCGGCGAAGUCAUCUGGCUGCGCUCCGAGACUGGCGCGGUCCAGCUGACGACGCCGCGGCAGUUGGAGCAGGCCAGGCAGCACGCGCUGUCCAGCUCAGAGGUUGACGGCAGUCGCUUCAACACGUCCUCGCCGCCCCGUCUGAUCAUCACGAACGUGACGGCCAACGACUCGGGGUACUACGUCUGCGUCGUCCACACUGCCUGGGACGUCGCAUACGCCUCGGCCUAUGUCGCAGUGGCGGAGGCAGCCAAGGAUGUACGGCUCAUCCGCACCUUGACCAGGCGCGUGGUGAUCGAGGCGUCGCCAGAGGAGUUCGCCGUGCCCGUGGUGCGCAUCGAGCCGUGCAGAGCGUCGGAGGGUGGCGCGGCGUCGCCCGCCUACCUGCUGCCGCCGGACCCGGCCUGGGAGGUGGCGCACGAUCGGCUCCAGCUGGCCGACUGUCUGGGCGAGGGCUGCUUCGGCCGCGUGGUACGCGCCCGCCUGCGGCCGGCCGGCCGGCAAACGCACCCCGUCCGCGUCGUCGCCGUCAAGAUGUUGAAAGCUGACUGGUCUGAGGCUGCGGGCAGCGGCGGCCGGUGA